UGAAGAGACGAGUAAUAAUGCAAUAAGGUCAAAUCGGGAUGUUCCUCAGACACGCGAAUAAAUGACUUAAACAAGAGGAGCUCUUACUGCUGCCGCUGCCUUUCACUGAACAGCGGCUCGCCCGGUGCUCUUUUCACAGCUCCACCGGCAGCAGCAGUGUGUGUGAGAGAGAUAGAGAAAGAGAGCGGAUAUAGAGGAGUAACUGAACUCGCUGUGUCACUGUGAGCGCGCGCGGAGAGCACCGGCCGGCAGCCUCCAGCCUGUCUUGUCUUUUUCCCCCCAUGGCGGCGUCUAAGUGCAGCCGGCUGAGCGGCGCUUUGGUGAAGCAGCUGCUGGAGUCGGUGGACAGCGUGCUGUUUGACUGCGACGGGGUGAUCUGGCGCGGGGAGCAGGCGAUCCCCGGAGCCCCAGAGGUCAUAAACUCGCUGAAGAAGAGCGGAAAGAAGGUGUUCUUCGUCACCAAUAACAGCACCAAGACCCGCAGGAUGUACGCGCAAAAGCUGACCCGGCUGGGCUUUGACGCCAGCGAGGAGGAGGUGUUCGGCACGGCCUACUGCUCGGCCGUCUACCUCCACACCGUCUGCCGCCUCACCGGCAAGGUCUACCUGAUCGGCAGCCCCGCCAUGCGGCAGGAGCUGGAGGCGAUGGGCAUCCAGCAGGUCGGGGUGGGUCCGGACCCCGUGUCCGGAGCGCAGAGCGACUGGGUCAACGUCCCGCUGGACCCGGAGGUCAAAGCCGUGCUGGUGGGCUUCGACGAGCACUUCAGCUACAUGAAGCUGAACAGGGCGCUGCAGUACCUCUUCAACCCCGAGUGCCAGUUUGUGGGAACCAACACAGACACUAGGCUGCCUCUAGAAGGGGGUAAAGCAGUGCCAGGAACCGGCUGCCUGCUGAAGGCUGUGGAGACAGCGGCACAGCGGCAGGCCCAGGUGGUCGGAAAACCCAGCAAUUUCAUGUUCGAUUGUGUGGCCAACCAGUUUGGCUUGGACCCCAGCAGGUGUCUCAUGGUUGGGGACAGACUGGACACGGACAUAAUGUUGGGCUCCAACUGCGGCCUGAAAACCCUGCUGACCCUGACCGGCAUGUCAACAGUAGCUGAUGCAGAAGCUAACCAGAGGAGUGGCAGUCCAGAACGACAAAAAAUGGUGCCUGAUUAUUAUGUUGACAGCAUAGCAGAGAUUUUACCAGCCUUACAAGGAUAAAUAUUAGUAUUUAUCAGGGUUUAACACAUUUGGAAUUAAAGACAGUUAAUGGAACAAAGCAGAUAUUUAAUAUUCUUCCAGAAGUUUAUGUAGAGGAAUUAUGUUUAACAAUUAAGAGUGAGUAGUUUGAUAAAAGACAAAGAAUUUUUAAAAAGGAAUGAGUGUAUAAUACAUUUCCAUCCACACCAUAAAGCAUUUUCAGUGGAGAGUACUGUAUGCUGCCUAUAUAUGAAGGCAAUACUAUACAUUUUUACAAAUAAUAUGCUCCAUCAACUGGGUCUACCUCUGUCUUUGCUUAUUUCAUAAGGAAUAAUGUCAAUGUUUUGUCAUCGUACAUUGUGCCAGGUACAGUGUUGUAUUGUGGUCUUGUUUGAGAGUUUGUAUUUUCUUCCCUUUAGAUUUCUCUCACUUAUUGAGUGUUUUACAAAAUCAAUAGCCCUCACCCUAACACAGCCCUUACACAAUAGACACUAAAACUGUAUGUCCCAAAAAAGUUGGCACAGUAUGAAAAAUAUAAAUAAACAAAAAUCUUUUUACAUGUUUUUACAUUUACUUGGACUUUGAUUCAGUUGCAGAUAGUAUAAACCCAAAACAUUGCAUGUUUUUUCCUGGUCAACUUUUUUGUAUUUAUUUGUUAACAACCAUUCAUUCAUUUCUUGCCAACAUUUAAAAUACAUUUUGGCACAGAUGAGUGUUUCAGGUGUUAUUUUGUUUCAUUCUUCCUGCAAAUUCAUCUUGCGGUGUGCAACAGUACAGGGUGUUUGUUGUCACAUAUUCUUGCUCUACAAGUGCAACAUACUUUAAUGCUGUCAGCAGCGAAGUGUGCUGAGCCAAACCAUUACCAUAACAGACCCUGGUAUUUGGAUUUGAUGCUGAUAAUAGUUUGGAUGGUCCAUUACUCCUGUGGUCCGGAGCUCUCAGCAUCAAUUUUUUCCCAUGUGGUUCUAUCAGCUUUUGAUAAACAAGCUAAGAAAAAAAGGGUUGACCAGACAAACCUGGGAUCAUACACUUCUGCAAUAAAAUGUCAAAAGGAAAAGUCAAAGAAAAUGUUUAUCAUUAUUUUUUGUUGUUGUUGUAUUUAACAAGAAUUGGAUGCAAAAUGAACAAAUGAUGCAACUGUAUUUUUUUCCUCUUAUGUUCCUAAAACUUUAAACAGUGAAACAAAAAAGGCCUCCAAUAGAAUUGGUGGAGGUCACUAGUCUUCUCCAUAGAGGCCAAGUGUGACUUUCAAUCCAGUGAAAGCAUUUACACUAGAUUAUUUAUGUAAUCCUGCUUGGUUGGAAUGAAAACCUGCUGCCCUCGUCUAAUGACCCCUGGACUAGAUGGUCUGUCGGUUGUUAAUGGACUAUAUUAUUGCCUAUAUUAUGAGAUUUUUAGUGUUGUCAAUAAGAAGUACCACAAACUACUAAACACAUUUCUUGAGGUGCUCAUUUCAUGUCUUGUUAUUUUUAUUCAGAUCCCUGAUUGUAAGAAUAUUGUAACAAUCUGAGGUUUAUUUUCUUGUUCAUUACAUGAUUAGCCACCUGAACUCCUUGAAAUGUAACGGUUUGAAUUUGUUGUCUUGCCUUGAACAAAGCAUUCACCCUACGGAGAUCAAAUAAACAAGCAUAUUUUCCGAAAUCAAA